CAGAGGACACCUCCACCGCCAAGAGCGGGGGAGACCCCACACCGCAAGCCGCAACCGCAACCGCGAAACCCUCCAUGCCCACCGCAAGCAUGAACAAUUCCGUCAGCGUCACCAGUGUGGACGGUCUGUUGGUGCCGUUGGGCAACAAGAGUACGCCCACGCCCGUGCUGAUGUCUCGCGCACCCAAGAAGAUCCGGCUAAAUAUGGUCAUCGCGCCUCAUCUCAUGUUCCACGUCAUGCCGUCUCGCAACGGUAUCUGGAACAAAACUACGUCACACCCGAGUGCAUACAAUUCGCACAAUACAUCGGGGGCUACGUCCCCACUGCCAGGCUUCACGCGGCUGUACUCCGCGGACGAUGGACUCUCCAGUACGCCGAAUCCAGCCAUGAUCAACUACAAGGCCGUGGUACAGGCUGCUGUGGGUAUGAGUAUCAGGACGGAGCUAUUGAGCUAUAAGUGA